GGUUUGGGUAGUGGGCCAUGCACUCCAUGUGCCACCAUGUGCUCUGUCUUUCUCUCAAAGGCCCACCACUACCACGCACAUAAAUUCCCCUUCCCUUCACAUUCUCUCUUCUCUCAUCUUCAAUUCUACAAUUUCACCAAAACUUAAGAAUGCGUAAUCAAAGGUCGGUGAAGCAAGAAUUCCUGCGGAAAUGGAUAACAGGUCUUAGAAGAUACAGCUGUGAUGAGAAGAAGAACAUGAGCUUCUUGGAGAGAAAGAAAGCCAUAAAGCUCUCUGCAGAUAUAGCCAUGGCUUCCACCAGGGACAAAACCACACGCUGGAGCCAGGCUCUUAUUGCCAACGCUUCCAGUUCCGGAGACACGUUAACAGGAUCCUCAAAGAACAAUAGCAGCAGAAGCAGAAAGAAGAUGUUGAUGAUGAGAAGGAGAAGGCCGAAGGUGAAGAGCGCGAAGAAGGAGAUGUCAGCGAGUUGCAUCGCCAAGAGGUUGGUGGAGAAGAGAACAAGAAAGCUGAAGAAUCUGUUGCCAGGUGGAGAAUCGAUUGAUGAGGGAUGUUUGGUUGAAGAAACCCUAGAUUACAUAGAAUCCCUCAGAGCUCAAAUUGAAGUUAUGAGAUACCUUGUCACUGCAUCUCAACUCAUCAUAAAUCCAUAUCCUUGAUUAUUAUCCUCCAUUAAUGCCUUUAUUAUUUAUAUCCUGUUUUUAUUAUUUUUAAUUUUUUUAUUUCUCGCUUCUUCAUACUUCAUUAUUAUUUCUCUUUGCAAGCUAGAGGCCAAAGAGAAAAAGAGGCGCUCCCAUAUAUACAUUAAAGCACUGUACAGAGGAAAACAUAUAUAAAUAUCAUAUCAUAUGCUAUGUAAGUCAAUUGAAUUAA